AAAAAAAAAGAAAAAGGAAAAAAAAGAGAAUCCAUUUAGCUUUUUUUUUUUCUUUGCCGCGUUCGUUACCACAGCGGGGACCAAAAUAGAAAAGGGAUCUGAUCAAAAUCUUUGUGACUGACUGACUGGUGGUGGAAAGUCUUUCAUUCUCUCUCUUCUCUUUUUCUCUAUUUCUCUUUUUUUAGAAAAGAGUCUCUGUGCACGCAAUGUCCACUCCUGAACCAAUGGAUGUAACUACUCCCAUGUCUCUUGAUGUGCUGGCUCUCAUCAAUGAUGCUCGUAUGCAGUAUGGUCUUCGACAUCAAGAUUAUCAACGUUACCGAGAAUACAGUGCUCAUCGCCUUCGUCGCUUACGUCAAAUCUUAAACAUGACUCAGACUAACAGCAAAAACACCAAUCGUCAAAAAGAGUUACCAGAAAACUUUACCGAUCCACGUUAUCUCCAUCUCUAUGUAUACGAUACCGAACGCGCUUGGGCCUACGCUAUGGAACUAAAACAGGAAUCUACAAACAGUAUGGAUACUAGAAAACGCCAUCAUUUGACGAAAAGAUUGAAACGUGCUGCUCAACAUGCUGAAAAACUGGUCAUCAUUUGUGAACAAAAUACUGUGGAUGCUCGUUCUGUUUUGGAUGCAAAGGCUUAUGCAGCUACUAUGAAAGGUUAUUUGUAUUUCGAACAACAACAAUGGCAACAAGCAAUAGAUCAAUUUGUUGAAUCAAGAACUAUUUACGAACGAUUCGCCAGUAAUAACAACAAUGUUCAUCAAGAAGCCUUAUAUUAUGCAGCAAUGGAUGAAAUUGACCCAAACAUUCGAUUCUGUGCCUACAAGUUACAACUCAACGGAAGUGGAUCUGCACAAGACAUUGAAACUUUGGUAGCCAAUUUGAAACAACAGCGCAAUGUAACAGGAAUGGAUUUAUUGGAAGCACAAUUAGCCAAGGUGGGUGAAGAACAUCGCAAAGAACAAGCUCAAGCAUUGGCACAUAUGACUUGGCGACAUGAACAAUUCGAUGUCAAGAAUGUACAACUGGCGGAUGCAAUUGCAAAGGCUCAAGAAACAACUGCAUCAUCAUCCUUGGUAUCAACAAAUGGAGCAGUGGCUCGUUAUGAUGGUCUUCUCUCUGAUUGGGCCGAUGCUGAAAAACGAAUCAAAAAACUGAUCAAGGAAGACAAAGAAGCUGUGGCAAAGGUGACUUCUUCACGUUCUGCAAAAACCACACAAGAACUAGAAUGGGUCCAUGCAUUUAUUUCUUAUCAUUUUUACGCCUAUUCUAUCCAACGCAAUCUGGCCCUUAUCGAUGAAAUCAAAUCUAGUAAUGGAAAAGUACAAAAUAUGAUCAAGCUUUGGGAUGAUAUCUUGAAGAAUGUUGAUUACAUGCGUGAUUUACCACGUAUCAAUGAAAGUCAUGAUUUUGAAGUUGAAUUGAAUAUUCUGACGAACUAUUACAAGGCACAAAGAUGUAUUCUAGUAGCACUUGCAUAUGUGGAAUUACGAAAAACACCUGAAGCACUUGCUCUAUACGAACGCAGUCAAGUUCAUAUCGCUCACACGAAACAAGGAAUUCAACAAUCUCAGCCAUUUGCGGAGGAUGCUGUUUUAAAAGUAUCCAUGGAAGAUGUGACUCAAUUGGAACAAAUUGUCCGUACUGGUAAUUGGAAAGCUCAAGCCUCUUGGUAUCUUGAAAAUGAAGAUACAGAUAUGGACAAUCAAAUGGAGGACCAACAAUAUACUUUGACGAAAAAGAUGGAUCAAUUACAUUUGAAUAGCACAGAUGAGAUUGCUUUGAUCAAACGUCUAGAUGUUUAUCCUUCUUCUAUCACUGGCAAUAACAAUGUACCACAUUUGAUUGAUUUUCCUCCUUCCUUCACUCCUGUACCAUGCAAACCGUUCUACUUUGAUUUGGCAGCCAAUCAUAUCAAAUACCCUUCAACUCUUGAUGAACGUGCUUCCGCUGCAAAAUCAUCCGGAUUAUGGAAAUUCUUCGGUUUUGGCAAUUAGAUGACUUUAUUAGAAUUUUCCUUUUUUUUUUUUUUUGUUAUAU